AUGGCACCUAGACUCCCUCCUCCACCUCAACCUACUGACCCAGAUGCGUCCAACAACGCUAGGUUGUUGGAAACGGUGAUUGACCGAUUGCAGCAACAAAACACGACCUUGAUGGAGCAGAAUGUCACUCUGAUGCAGCAGAAUCAGAGUGCCAUGCAGAGUUUGGAGGCCUCGCGUGUCAACUCUGAAACGACUCAAAGACAGCUGAUGGAAAUUCUAGCAGCAACCAGGCACACUCCAGGGGCGUCUUCUUCCAACGCUGCCCUGCCUGCUGCUGAAUGGAGCUUGGAGAGUUUCCUCCAACACCAUCCGGCUAAGUUCAAUGGGAAAGGCCUCCCAGACGAAGCGGAUCAGUGGUUAAGGGACAUGGAGAAGAUCUUCAAUGCCAAACGAUGUCCAGAUGUAAAUAGGUUGGCGUACGCUGAAUAUUUAUUGACUGGAGAAGCGAGCCAUUGGUGGACGAGCGCGAGAGCUAUUCUAACGGACGCGCAACAACCGAUCACUUGGGAAGUGUUUAGAAAUAAGUUUUAUGAAGAAUACUUCCCUGACAGCGUUCGGUUUGCAAAGGAGGUGGAAUUUCUACAACUAGUUCAGGGGGGUAUGUCCGUUUCAGAGUACACCAAUAAGUUCAAGCACCUCGUCAGAUUCAAUACUAUGGCCACAAGUGAAGUGUGGCAGUGUAGAAAAUUUGAGAAUGGAUUGCGGAGUGACCUGAAAGUGUUGAUUUCCAGCUUGUGUAUCCGAACGUUCCCUGCCAUGGUUGAGAGGGCCAAAGUUUUGGAGAGGAAUAUGGCAGAAGCGGAACGGCAGAAGAAGCAGCAGCAAGUGAGUAGGGGACCGAUCGUGUCCAGAGGAGGUACUGUUCAGAGGAGACCUCCUUACGCUCGUCCAAACCAGCCUUCUCAAGCGAGCGGAUCUCAAGCAGUAGUUCCUGUCGGACAGUCUGGACAGGGAAAUGUCGUUUGCUUCCGGUGUAGAGGACCACACUACAGAUCUUCAUGCCCUCAGCUGGUGGGAGGAAAACACUGCAACCGUUGCGAAAGGAACGGGCACUUGGAUCACGAGUGCAAUAUGAGUGGGCGUGCAGUGAUGAGGCCGCCGAAUGCUGGGAGGAAUCAACCAAGAGGAGGACGAGUCCAAGCGAGUGGGCGUGUGUAUGCUAUAACGAGCGCUGAGGCAGCGAGCUCAGCGAAGGAAUUGAUCUUCCCUGGUGAAGAAGAAGUUCUUUCAGUGACGCUCGGUCAGCUGAAAGAAGACAUUAUGGAGGGCGCCAGCUGUUUUCUGAUUAUGACUCAUGAGGAUCAGGAAUCCAGAGAAAUGGUAGAAGAACGAUCGUCCACUAGUGACGGUAAUGGACGAUCGGUUGUGGAUGAGUUUGCGGACGUCUUUCCGGAAGAGAUACCUGGACUUCCCCCUCAUCGUGAAGUGGAGUUCACCAUUGAUUUGGUGACGACAGCGGCUCCUAUCUCGGUUCAGCCAUAUCGGCUCCUAUAA